CAACAACGUGAAAAUAUUUAAGUUUUCUUGUUAAAUUGCCUAUUAAAAAUCGCCGAACAUGGCGGAUCACGCUUUCCAUCGGCCUGGACCGAUGAAGCAAACAAACAAGACGCAUAAGACUGGACGUCAUCGCUCUAAAGGCGCCGUCGACACUGCCAUGAAAGGCAAGGUGGGCCUUAAGGCUAUCUCCCACAAGCACAAGCAGCAGCAACGCAAGGAGCAGCGCCGCAAUCAGAUGAAUCAGCUUCGCAAGAACAAACGCGACGAGGUGCUGCAAUUGAAACGCCAGCUGGGAGGCCAAAACACGGCUCCACAUUUGGUAUGCCUACUGCCGCUGCAUGAGCAAAUCGAUCCGAACUCUGCGCUAGCUAUAUUGGAAAACUGCGACAGCGAUAUUGUGGUGGAAAGAUGCUCCAGUGGUGUUGUUUACAUGAAUCUGCCGCGUUUCAAGCAACGCUUUGCUUUUGUUGUGCCGCCAGUGGGGCGUGGCAAUGAGCUAAUUGUGCUAGACUAUCUUAAGGUGUGUGAUACUACGCUAAUGCUUACCUCGGCUUCCUUUGGAGAUGAUGAGUUCAUGGAUCGCUGGGGACAACGCGUAUUCAACAUGAUGACAGCUCAAGGCAUACCUACACCGCUGGUAGCGCUAAUGGAUUUGGAGUCCAUUAAUCCCAAGCGUCGACCCGCCACCAAGCAGGCGGCACAAAAGUUCAUUGGUAAGCUGCUGCCUGAGGAGAAGAUUAUGCAACUGGACACGGCCAGCGAGGGCUUGAAUGUAAUGCGACGCAUUGGCGGACAGAAGAAGCGUGUGCUGCAUAAUGUUAGUAAUCGUCCACAUUUGUUUGGCGAUUUGGUGGAGUAUGUGCCCAAUGGUGAGAUGGGUACACUAAAGGUCACGGGAUUUCUCCGUGGACAGUCGCUAAAUGUGAAUGGUUUGGUACACAUACCCGGAUUGGGUGACUUUCAGCUGGGGCAGGUUGAUGCACCGCCAGAUCCCUAUAAGCUAGAUAAAAGCCGCGAUGGAGAAGCAGCCACAGUGCGCUUGCUUGAUCGACCUGAUCCGGCAAAGCAGACGUCGUUGCAGAACGAGAAUAUACCCGAUCCCAUGAAUGCAGAGCAAACGUGGCCCACAGAAGAAGAAAUCGCAGCAUCGCAAAAGGAAACUAAAAAGAUACGUCUCAUCAAGCGCGUGCCCAAAGGCUACAGUGAGUACCAGGCUGCUUGGAUACCCGAGGUGGAGGAGGUGGAAUGUGAAGAUGACGACGACGAGGAAGAAGACAGCGAAGGCGAAGAUGAUGAGGACUUUAUGUCGUGUGAUAAUAAAUCCUUUGACGACGAGUGUGAGAAACGCGACUCGGAUACGGAGGAGUAUGUGGAUAGUGCAUCCGUGGCUUCUGAAUCAGCGGCUAUUAAUGAUGAAAAGUACGAUCAGCAGAUGGAUUUCCAGGAGGAGCGAGAGACGCUUAAGAAACUGCAGGAGGCACGCACAGACCAAUUGUGGCCCGAUGAGAUAGACACACCACUCGAUGUGCCCGCCCACGAGCGUUUCCAAAAGUAUCGUGGCCUCGAAUCAUUUCGCACUUCACCUUGGGAUCCCAAAGAGAAUCUGCCCAGUGACUAUGCGCGCAUCUAUCAAUUUAAGAACUUUGAUCGCACCAAGCGGCGCGUCCUGGCUGAUGCCAAGGAAUUUGAGGGAAUUCUGCCCGGUUUAUAUAUAACUCUACAUGUCAUCAAUGUCCCGGAGAGCCGCUGGACUGCCUUCAAAUCCGCUUAUCUAUUAGACAAUAUUAUUGUCUAUGGCAUGUUGGCACAUGAGCAUCAAAUGUGCGUGAUGAACGUGGUGCUGCAACGCAUGCCCGACUCUGAGGUGCCGCUCAAGUCCAAGGAGCAACUGAUUGUGCAGUGCGGCUAUCGUCGCUUUGUAGUGAAUCCCAUCUAUAGUCAGCACACUAAUGGCGACAAGCAUAAGUUCGAGCGUUUCUUCCGACCUUAUGAGACUGUCUGCGCCACCUUCUAUGCGCCCAUACAGUUCCCGCCAGCAGCAGUGCUUGCUUUUAAGGUGAAUCCCGACUCCACAUUGGCGCUGGUGGCACGUGGUCGUCUGAUCUCCUGCAAUCCUGAUCGCAUUGUGCUCAAGCGCGUGGUGCUCAGCGGUCAUCCAAUGCGCAUUAAUCGCAAGUCAGCCACAUUACGCUAUAUGUUCUUCUACAAGGAGGAUGUGGAGUACUUCAAGCCCGUCAAACUACGCACCAAAUGCGGCCGCAUGGGUCACAUUAAGGAAUCGCUGGGCACGCACGGCCACAUGAAGUGCUACUUUGAUGGCCAGCUGCGCUCCUAUGAUACAGUGUUCAUGUCUCUAUAUAAGCGUGUGUUCCCCAAGUGGAAUUAUGAGGAAUGCCUGGUGCGCAGCGCAGAGCACACACGCCAAGAAGAAGCAGCAGCAGCUGCUCGACGUGAUUCGAAACAGAUUGCUAUGGAACAGUAGUGGAAUAUUGUAUAUAACUUAUUAUAUAUAUAUAUAUCUGUUGAAAUAAAACUGUCUGCCGGACACUUAA